AUGACCGACAGUCUCGCGGACAAGCUCCAGGCGACAAGCUUGAAUGAUGACGAGUGGAAGAAGAACUUGAACAUUCCCACGAAAGACAACAGACAACAGACCGAGGAUGUCACCAACACCAAGGGCAUGGAGUUUGAGGACUUCGGACUCAAGCGAUCCUUACUGAUGGGCAUUUUCGAAGCUGGUUUCGAGAAGCCCUCGCCCAUCCAAGAAGAAAGCAUUCCAGUUGCGCUCACCGGGCGUGAUAUUCUUGCACGCGCCAAGAACGGAACCGGCAAAACAGCUGCCUUCGUCAUCCCCGCUCUCCAAAAGAUCAACCCCAAAAUCAACAAGAUCCAGUGUCUUAUCCUGGUCCCGACCAGAGAACUCGCCAUGCAGACAUCCCAGGUUUGCAAGACGCUUGGAAAGCACCUCGGCGUCAACGUCAUGGUUACCACUGGUGGCACAGGCCUCCGCGAUGACAUUGUCCGUCUCCAGGACCCCGUCCAUAUUGUGGUCGGCACCCCGGGCAGAAUCCUCGAUUUGGCUGGAAAGCAGGUGGCGGAUUUGAGUGAAUGCCCCAUGUUCAUCAUGGACGAAGCUGACAAGCUUCUCUCGGCCGAGUUCACCCCCGUCAUCGAACAACUUCUCCAGUUCCACCCCAAGGAUCGCCAGGUCAUGCUGUUCUCAGCCACCUUCCCUAUUUCGGUCAAGGAUUUCUCUGAUAAGAACAUGAAAGAACCUUACGAGAUCAACCUCAUGGACGAGCUCACUCUGCGCGGUAUCACCCAGUACUACGCCUACGUUGAGGAGAAGCAAAAAGUGCACUGCCUAAACACCCUCUUUUCAAAGCUGCAGAUCAACCAGUCCAUUAUUUUCUGCAACUCGACCAACCGUGUCGAGCUUUUGGCCAAGAAGAUCACUGAGUUGGGCUACUCGUGUUUCUACAGUCACGCCAAGAUGCAGCAGCACGCUCGCAACCGUGUCUUCCACGACUUUAGGAACGGUGUUUGCCGCAACCUCGUCUGCUCGGAUCUUCUCACGCGUGGUAUCGACAUUCAGGCUGUCAAUGUGGUGAUCAACUUUGACUUCCCAAAGAAUGCCGAGACAUAUCUUCAUCGUAUCGGUCGCUCGGGCCGUUACGGCCAUCUUGGUUUGGCCAUCAACCUGAUCAACUGGGAUGACAGGUUCAACCUCUACAACAUUGAACGUGACUUGGGCACUGAAAUCCAGCCCAUUCCUGCCACCAUUGACAAGAGUCUCUACGUCUACGAGAAUCCCGAGUCGAUUCCUCGGCCCAUUUCCAACUUCAGGCCCGCUGGUAACCAGCAGCAGGGUCAACAGCAGCCAAUGAACCCACCAACUCACCAGGCUCAACCCGCUGGUCCCCGCCCGGGAGGUGCUUCGGGAAACUGGCAGGGACGGGCUCCCCAGCAGAUUGAAGGCAAUCAGGCGUCAAACAGCUUCCAGCAGUUCCCGGACCAAGGCGGCCGGGCAACCAACACUGGUUUUGCGCCCCGCGGAGGGUACCAGUCCCGUGGAAACCCCGGCGGUCACCGGGGCAAUGGCCGAGGCCGCGGUGGGUUCCAGCAAACCCAGCCUUCCCGCUAUCCGACCCGCGGUGGUCGUGGUGGUCAGGGGCAAACCCCUAUUCAGCAGCCCCCUUCUGGGCCCAACUAA